AAUAAAAGUGAACAAAAUCGAGUGGGUUUGUUGAUCAACGACGUUGAGGUGUUCUCUCUCUUCGUUCAGUUCAAUCUGGGGCAAGAUACUUGCAAUAGCUGCAGCAUUUUAUGGAGUCCCCAAUAGGAAUGGAGUAUAUGUGUGUUCUUGUCGCCUUUUCUGCGAUUGCGAUCUUAGGGUUUGUCUUUGUAGUCUUCUUUGAAGCAUAUAAAAGAAGAAACAACCAUCAGCAUGUUGAAGUUCCGGCUAUUUUUGAGGAUCCUAAUUCAUUGAAACAGGUUCCUUGCCCACAUAUUGUUGAUCCAGCUGCAAAGUAUAUCUCUCUGAUAAUUCCUGCGUUCAAUGAGGAGCAUAGGCUUCCAGGAGCUCUUGAGGAAACUGUGAAUUAUCUUCAACAACGAGCUUUAAAGGAUCCUUCAUUUUCAUACGAGGUUGUAAUUAUUGAUGAUGGAAGUUCUGAUGAGACAAAAAGAGUAGCUUUUGAAUUUGUGAGGAGAUAUACAGUAGACAAGGUAAGGGUCAUCCUUCUAGGAAGAAAUCAUGGCAAAGGAGAAGCAAUCAGAAAAGGAAUGUUGCAUUCACGAGGUGAACUACUACUUAUGCUUGAUGCUGAUGGAGCAACUAAGGUCACUGACCUAGAAAAGCUUGAAAAUCAGAUUCGAGCUGUUGCCAAAAGGGAAUUUCACCAUGGAGAUUCAAGUGAUAGUGAUCCUAGCUUUAGAAUAUCUGAUGUCCCUGUUGCUGUAUUUGGUUCAAGGGCUCAUCUAGAGGAGAAAGCUUUAGCUACAAGGAAGUGGUACCGCAAUUUUUUGAUGAAGGGGUUCCAUCUUGUGGUUCUCUUGGCUGCUGGUCCUGGAAUUCGUGAUACACAGUGUGGUUUCAAGAUGUUUACCAGGGCUGCAGCCAGGAAGCUUUUUUCAAAUGUCCGCUUAAAAAGGUGGUGCUUUGAUGUUGAAUUAGUCUUUCUGUGCAAAUGGUUUGGGAUUCCAAUUUCAGAAAUAUCUGUGAAUUGGUCUGAGAUUCCAGGAUCCAAGGUGAAUCUUCUGAGUAUACCUAACAUGCUUUGGGAGCUUUUGCUCAUGUCUGUGGGAUAUAGGACUGGUAUGUGGAGAAUUUCUAAUUCUACCUGAGCUUACUUGAUCAAUUUCAACUGGGAAGAAAAGCGGCAUUUUCAUAUCAAAUGAAGAGUUACCUCUUAUACGAGAUCAUUCACUUCCGUGCGGGGCAUGAGAGACAAUAAUGUAAUAUUUAAAGUUUUUAGGACUAACCAUAACCUUCCAGAU